AUGAAAUUCCAAAAUCCAGCAGAGGAAUCGGCAAUGCCGACGUAUCGCAUAAUGGAUGCUGAUGGGAAGAUCGUGGACAAUACAAGAGAUCCUCAAUCUGCAUCUGAUGAAGAGGUGAUCGGCUGGUAUAAAAACAUGCUGACUGUGAGCAUCUUGGACCUAAUUAUGUUCGACGCGCAACGACAAGGCCGAACGAGCUUCUACAUGGUGUCUGCUGGAGAAGAAGGAGUAGCGGUGGGAUCAGCAUCCGCUCUCACUCCAGACGAUGUCUGCUUUCUGCAGUAUCGUGAACAAGGUGUUCUGAUUCAACGAGGCUUUACUUUGAAGGAAAUGAUGAGCCAACUUUUUGCCAACAAGGACGACUAUGGAAAGGGCCGAAACAUGCCAGUCCAUUACGGUAGUGAGAAGCUCAACGUGCACACUAUCUCCAGCCCGUUGGCUACUCAGAUUCCGCAAGCUUCAGGCGCUGCAUAUGCACUUAAAAUGCAACGACUGAUCAACCCAAACACACCGGAAAGAGUGGUGGCAUGUUAUUUUGGGGAGGGGGCCGCCAGCGAAGGAGACUUUCAUGCAGCGUUGAAUAUGGCAGCGACCAAAUCUUGCCCUAUUGUUUUUGUAUGCCGAAACAAUGGCUUCGCUAUUUCAACUGCCAGUAUCGAGCAGUACAAGGGGGAUGGCAUUGCAAGCCGAGGUUUAGGAUAUGGGAUCGAUACCAUCCGUGUUGAUGGGAAUGAUAUCUUUGCCGUCCGAGAAGUCAUGCGCGAGGCAAGGAAGCUCGCACUUCAGGGAGAUUGCAGACCGGUGUUGGUAGAGGCAAUGAGCUACCGAGUCAGUCAUCAUAGCACUAGUGAUGACAGUUUCGCAUAUCGAGCCAAACGGGAGGUUGAGGAAUGGAAACGUCGAGAUAAUCCCAUCACUCGUCUCCGCAAAUGGAUGGAAAACAAAGGCAUCUGGAACGAAGACAAAGAGAAGGAGGCAAGAGCAGCAAUACGAAAGAAAGUGCUACAAGAAUUCUCAGCGGCCGAGAAAGUCAAGAAACCUCCUAUACGAGCAAUGUUUGAAGAUGUGUACGAAGAGAUUACACCAGAAGCGAGGGCUCAGAUGAAGGAGCUCAAACGACUCAUCGAGACCUAUCCAAAAGAGUACGACGUGUCUCAAUUUGAAGGAGGCAGUAAGAGUCUAGAAUGA